AUGAUGGAUGUACAAAGAAAGGAGGAAGCUGAAAAGAGAAAUCAGGAAAUUCGUUCCAGCAUCCUAGCUCAGGUUUUAGACCAAGACGCCAGAGCACUGAAUACCAUUGCUAUCACAAAGCCAGAAAAAGCCAAAAUGGUGGAGAAUAUGCUCAUAAAUAUGGCUCAAAGUGGACGUUUAGGACCCAAGUUGAAUGAAGAACAGUUAAAGCAGAUUCUCUUAAAAGUUUCUUCCGGCACACAGAAAUCCACUACAGUAAAGUUCGACCGUCGCCGCGCGGCCAUAGACUCAGAUGAAGAUUAG